CUACUGGCCCUUAUCCUGAUCAAAUUCUCGGGGAGUCGCGCAAUAUACAUAAAAAACUCGUCACUCAAGAUCUCAAGAAGGCAGAGGAGCAUCAGCAGAAGGCAUUGCGUCUCUACUUCGUCCAGUAUCCGUUUGCUCGAGAAUUCACCGUGAACUUUGAAAC